AUGACUGGGCCGUUCUUUCUGCAGCGCAUUGAAAUCGACUUUGCCAGCGAUCUUAAUUGGCCCCUUAUCCAAAACCGUGUCGAGCUGUCAGAGGUGUCUUUAGGUUUGAUCCUCGACCAUGGUCUGGCUGCUGGUCCCUGGAAUGCAAUUUUGGAUGUCAAUGCUGUAGUCUCCAUCGAUGAUGUGAGUCUAGAGGUUGCUGGCCAGCUCUCGGUAGGUGAUGUGUCGUCCACCAAUCUCCGCGUUCGUGCAGGAGCUCGAAGCGGAAUAGCGCCAGAGGAUGCCCUCAAUCGAUUCAUUGGUGCAGGCACAGGUGCGCAAUUGGAAUCUCAAUUUGAGCUUCCUUCCACCGCGACACUGCCGGAUGAAGACAAGGAUCCGUUUGAAGCAGUUUUGACACUGCAAAAAGACGCAUCAGGAUGGUAUCUUGAGAACGCGAGCGCCAAAUUGUUCUGGCAGCAGGAAUACUGGUAUCCGAUUGAUGGCAUCAACAUCUCUCUACAAGAACUCUACUUCGAAUUCAUUGCCAAGCGCGAAUUAGCGCCAGCCAACGAGAACCCUUCAGAUAUGCCAUUGGCAUUCAGCGCCGCUUUCGGCGAUUCCAUCACGCUUUACAACAUUCCUAUGGCAGUCGUCAUCACCUAUCAGUCCAAGACUACUACUACUGUGUUGACUUGCACAGUCGACGAUGAUGCGAGCAUCUGCCUUCAAGAUAUCGCUGCGGACUCUUCACUAAACCCCACCCCAGACCCCAUUAAAACCCCAACUCCCCACGAUCUGAACCAAGAGGCGCAAAUAAACCAGGUCCCUGGCAGUGUGCCAGUAGACCUGACCUGGUGCUCUUCUCAUAUCUGGGGUACACAGCGAUUCUGCAUCUUAAUUUUCACUGCCUCAGAACCGGCUCAAUUGCAAUUGAAAGCAAACUUUGAGUUGGACUGGCAGGUCACGUCGCAGCUGACCAUCACCGGUAUGGGAACCUAUUUUGACAUCACGAACCCGACAUCUUCCGACAAGUCAUCCGUCAUCAAAGGAUACGCUUAUGGAUGUUGUCGCCACCGAUUCGUGGACUUCCCAACGUCCGCGCCGAAAAGUGCGAACGUCAGAGAUGCCGUCACAUCUGUCAACGCUCAAAUGACAAUGCGUGUUCAACAGACUGUCGACCCAGUCACCGCAGGCAACUACUUGACCAGCAUCGUCUCGGUGCAAGCUUCGCUCGCCGUGACUGGCCAAUCGACCAUCUUCGACACAGUAACCCUGGAACAGUUGGCGCUGAACGUGAUUGUGCUCCCUAGAAAUGCCGCCACCCAAAACAAAAUCAGCUACUAUGCCCAGCUGCUUGGCGUCGUCUCUCCUACCCAGAGUGCUAUUGGUUCAACUCAAUACAAGGUCGUCCUAGCUGCAAUGCUCCUACGUAACGCCAAAGAGCAAGCGACGACCUUUACUGCUAGCGUAUCAGCUUAUUACGUUGGUCAAGCCGACACAGAUGUUCCGCUUUCUACAUUCCUCCAAAUGCCCCUCAUAGGCAUCAAUCCAACGGACGUCCAGAACGAUCCGAGCGCCAAGACAUGCUCUCUUAUGGUGCAACAAAUCGACAAAGGCUGGUCCUUGAAAGAGUUGGAUGCAUCGGUGUCCCAUUUAAUUCCCUGGAUAAUUGUUCCGGAUAAGCUUACCAUCACAGACAGUACGCUGAACUUGAAUAUAGUAGACCCCAAGCUGCCCACGCGCCGAAUACAGUUCUCUGCAUCUACAACAGCGAGUAUUGGCAUAUUAGUGGUCUUGAAUGCAUCUACCUCCGUCUCCCGAGGAGCAAGCGGACAGGACGACUUUGUCACCGUCAUCUUACAGGCAGCCAACUUUCAGCAAGUUUUGGCUCAACUGGUUGGGUCCACGGUUACCAUACCUGCCGAUUGCCCAAUACCCUCGGACAACCAAUAUUUGGCUACUGUCACAAUUGUCUGUAAGAAGCUGAAUCCUACCGACAAUGAGUUUGGGCUAGCUCCUGUAAGCGUAGGAGUGUCUGCUAGUAAUGUUACAACGUGGGCACUGGGCCCGCUGUUCGUUACCGAUCCAAGUCUCACGGCAGGAUUCGAUUGUACAACAACCCCUUCAACAAACACCCUGUCUCUGGAUGGCCGAACAAAGAUUUCUGGAUUAACGAAUCCUGUGGAUGUCCUGAUCACACUUACGAAUUUAGAAACCCUGAUCAUUGGAAUCGCUACACCGAUUGAGCCUACACAACUUGUCGGAACAUUCAUCCUCGGUGGCCUGGAUUCGCAAAGCCUCCAAGCGCCUGACGUAACAUCAGCUUCGGGCCUUGAUGGCUAUCGUGACGCCGCUUGUGUCAACGCGAGUAUCAUUUUUAUACGAGACACCUCGUGGUAUGCUGACAGUCUAUCACUCAAUGUAGCGAGUGGAUUACAGCAAUGGUCUCUCGUAGACUCUUACCUAUGGGCUAAAGAUUUGAAACUGGCUAUCCCAUCGUCUGGCAGGGGGUAA